AUGUUUAGUAAUUAUGUUGAAGGUUUAUCACCUUAUAAAAACAAAGGAGAAGUUGGUAUGGUCGAAGUAUGUUUAUGUUUAUUAUAUUGUACAAAUAAGUAAGUAUUUAAAUACUUUUGUUUUAAUUAUUUUAUUUAUAUAUUUAGAAUUUUGAUACACCUGAUGAAUUAAACGAAAAGAUUUCCCUUCUUGCUGAUUGGAUUAAAACAUCCAAGCAUACAGUUUUCCAUACUGGCGCAGGAAUAAGUACAUCUGCUGGUAUACCAGAUUUUAGGUUAAUUAUUACUUGCACAUUUUUGCAAACAUUUUAUUAAAAAUAAAACACAUUUAUAAAACUAAUAUUAAUAUUUAUUUUAGGGGUCCAAAAGGAGUAUGGACUUUAGAAAAACAAGGGAAAAAACCAGAAAUUAACUUAGAUUUCAAUGAUGCGAUGCCUACUUUAACUCAUAUGGCUAUCAAAAGUUUGAUUAAAAAAGGUUGUUUGCUGAAUAUUUAUUUUUAAAUACUACUAAAAACCAUUAAAACAUUGAGAACUAUAUUGUCUUGUACAUUAUGAUUUCUAGGUUAUGUCAAGUAUGUGGUGAGUCAAAAUAUUGAUGGUUUACAUUUAAAAUCUGGAUUACUCCGUGAACAUAUAUCUGAAGUUCAUGGAAACAUGUUUACUAUGAAAUGUAAUAAAUGCAAUAGGUAAAUUAUUAUUUUGAACAGUGAAUAUGUAAAGUAUAAUAACUUCCUUAUACAUUUUUCUUCCCUUUAGUCCUAUAAAUAUUAUCAACUACCUAUUUAUACACAAAUUGUGUUUAAUUAUAAUAUUUUAUUUUCUAUUAGGUCCUUUACUAGUCAAACAGCUGUAAAUACAGUUGGCCAACAAAGUUUAAAUAUUAGAUGUUUAAGAAGAACCAAAAAAGGUAAUCUGUGUCGAGGCAUUUUACAUGAUACAAUUUUAGAUUGGAAGCACAAACUACCAUCUAAUGAAUUACAAAUGGCAGAACUGCACUCCAUGUAAAAAUGCAUUAACUUUCAUAAAUUAUUUUAUGUAUAAAAAUAAUUCUUAAUUGUUUCAUUCUAAUUUUUAUGUAUAUUAUAUUAUACUUAUAGCAAUGCAGAUUUAUGUGUUUGUUUGGGAACAUCAUUGCAAAUCCAACCAAUUAAUUUAGUCCCUUUUAAAGCAAAAAAAAAUAAAGGAAAAGUUGUCAUUUGCAAUUUACAAAGAACUAUGGGUGUAAGUAUUAAAACUUUUAUUUCCUAUAUUGGGUCAAUGAAAAGCCUAAUUAAAUUGUAUGUUCAACAAAAUUAAUUAUUUUCUUAUUAUGUGGGGGAAUUUUCUUUCAAUUCAUAAUUUUUAUAUAAACAUAAAAUAAAUUAAAGUAAAGUAAUAAACUAGUAAUUCAUAAUGAAUGGUACCUUUCAUUUGUGAGACAGACUAUAAACAAAACUUGGGUGGAUUAUUCCUUUUCAGUUGUUCGUGAUUGGUAAUAGGUAGUACCAUAAUACAUGGUGCAUAAUGUUUGCAGGUGUAUGUAAAAAAUCUGAAAUAAGUUAGCAAUUAGCUUAAGAAAUAGAGAAUAGCAUUUGAAAAAUAAUACGGGUUUAAUAAUAGGGUUGAGAGUUUUAACCUGUAAAUGGUCAUAAGGUGAGAAAUUCUCUCAUCACAGUAUUCUUUUGGUCACCACUGUCUUUUAUAUUAGCUUAUUGUCAAGUAAGUUAUACUAUGUCUUAUCAGAUACAUUUAAUCUAAAAAUAGAUUGCAUUAACUGAAAUUGUAAUUGAUCAUCUAUUGUAGUAUUCAUCCAAUGCGACUUGUAUGCACAUGAUGAGAGAAAUUCUCUAUAUGUGACCAAACAAAAAAAUAUUUUAUGUGACAAGAGAAUUCCAAUGAGACUUACAGAUAAGUUCUACAAAAAUGUGCUGAGAUUGACUUUUUCCUAUAGUUUAGAGUUAAUUAGAGCUGUAUAUAGUCAAAUAUAAUAGAGAAUGAGUAUAGCAGAGAUGAUAAUGCUUAGGUGAAUGAGUGAAGUUUUGAGAGAAGAUAGGAUAAAUAAUGAGCACAUAAGAGGUAGCUUAGACAUGGUAGAGAUAAUAUACAAAAUUACUAUAAGUAGACUGAGAUGGUUUGAGCAUGUUACGCGGAGAGAGAAAUCUAGAAGCAGUAUGAAUUGUAAUGAACAUAAAUAUUAGGAAAAAGGUUAAAAAUAAAACUGAAGAAGAGAUGGUUGGAUAUUAUUGAGAAUGAUAAGACAGCUGGUGUAUAAAGGUGAUAGAUGGGUUAAAUGGAAGUUUAAGACAAGGAUGACUGACUCCAAAUAGUUGGGAUGAAGGAAAAUAAAAAGAAGGAACAUUUUACAUUUUAUACUGAUAUGAGUAUAUACACUAAAUUGGAUAUUACACUACAUUUUAAUUUUAAUAUAAUUAAUAUACAUUAUUUUUUAUAGGACCGUAAAGCAGAUCUUGUAAUUCAUACUUAUGUGGACGAUAUGAUGAAAUCUCUAAUGGGUAUCCUUGGAGUUGAAAUUGAAAAUUAUAAUGAGCAAUUAGAUCCUACAAAAAUGGCAAAUCUAACUGAUUGGACCAUUUAUAAAAUUGAUUUACUAAACAUGCAAGACAUGAAAAAAUAUGCUACUAAAUCAAAAAAAAGAAAAUUUCAAGACCAAAUCUUUUAA